AUGGAGCUUCAUUGGGAUCUUGACGACCCCGACAACGCUCGUGGGACCUGGGAAAUCCGGUUAAGGGAUAUGCUGCGUCCAGGCCAAACCAGGCUAGAGCACGAUCAAGAGUGCAAAGAUGUAUGCAUUUCUCCUUAUCGCAUCGGUAGGUUAGCGGACCGUCUGAUGGCGGAGUUCGAGAAUGAGAAUAGGCGGAUGGAAGAGUUAGGACGGAAUCGAUCGCAGUUGCCUAGAUGGUGGAGACCCCUGAAAGCGUCUCGAUCGAGGGUUACUGAGGAGAUUCAAAGGCUUGCCUUGCCCCAUGAUCAGCGCAUUCGGAAGGAAUUCAGGGAGGCGCAGCGCCUGAAGGAGGAGGAGGAACAAAAGCAGAAGCAGGCAAAGAAGAGAGAGGAAGAUCGGAAGCGGGCAGAGAGGAGAGAGGCGAGGGAGGAGAAGAAGAGGCACGAGGAGGAGCAGAAGAAGAGGGCCGAGGAAGAGCAAAUGGAGGAGGAAGAUACAGCAGCCGAGAAGAAGCAGCAAGAGGAAAACAGCCAGGAAGGGGAGGAUUCGAGCGGCCGAAAUGGUCGCUCUUCAUUCCCGCCUGAAGAUAUCUCACGGAAGCGAAAGCGAUCCGCAUCCUUCUCCUCCUCCUCUCCCACCCCUUCCAAGCGUAGACGCACAUCUGCAUCUCCUGAAGCGGUUGCAGCAUCCCAUUCGGCUCCAGAGGACCCAGUUCGUGAGACCCCUUCAGCAAAGCGUAAACGGUCUGCAUCUCCGCCUUCCCCUGAUGCACCGUCCAAGCGUACCCGCAAAUCGGUCUCUUCUGAACCCGUCGCUGUAUCACCAUCCGGAGCCCCAGAAGACCCAGUCCCUAAAGCCGCUUCGCCGAAGCGGAAGCGCGCGGAAGCGUCAGAUUCAUCCAGCUCGAAACGGGCACGCACUUUCAGCCCCUCUCCUGUGUCAGAGAAACCCAUGUCUCCGAAGCCCAGCCGGGGAGCUUCGCCAAAACCAGCUUCCGAGGCCACUAAGGCCGCUACGCCAGAGCCUACAACUGGAGAAGUUUCUCCGCCGCUCAGUGCGAGGAGGGAAACCGGGUCACAGCAGCGUCUGCGAUCAUCAAUCAAACCAUCAUCAUCGAGAAGGAAAAAGGUACACUUCACUCCAGAACUUGAGGCUGCGCCAGAAAUGGACCGUCCGAGGCUGAAGUCUUUGCCUGAGGCUUCCCAGUUCGUCCAGGACACGGUGGAGGUUGAGGAAGACGAGGUGGUAGGAGAGUCUGUAGAGACUGACGAAGAGGAUGCGGAAGAGAUUGCCUCUGCGUCUGAGGAAGAGGAAGCGGAAGCUGAUGCGACCGACCAUCCGUCAUCAUCGGAGACAGACUCGGUCCUUGGCGAUGAAGAUGAUGCCUCCCUUUUUGGGGACGAUGAUGACGACUCGCUCUUUGGGGAUGGCGAAUAG